GAUGGGAACGCGUCGUCGGAGUCAAACUGUAGGUCCACAAUCGCCACAUCAAUCCACAUCAGAUUGAACAAUGGUCCACUACAUUUGCGCCGCAUCGGUCGACCAGAUAUAAGGCAAGCAGAAAGCAGUCGUUUUUCUUGUCCUCUUACUUUUUUCCACUUUACCAGUUCUGCUGACAACACUCCGUCAGCGUAAUCAUUGAACGCCUAGCAUCAUGUCCCCUGCUGGCGAGACUGGCACAUCGUCUGCUACGCCACGCGCCAAUGCACCAGCUCAUAGUGCUAGCAAAAUAAAAUCGACCCCAAAUAGCUGCAGGACUGCCGUCAUCAGCGAGAACAUCGGCGUGCUCGGUGUCAAUGUUAAGAAAGUUCGCCCAUGGAUUCAACGGGAUAUCGAGCAGGCUAAGGAGUGCAAAGCAGAUGCCAUGUUGCAAGCCCUCCUGCAGCGCGCUUCUUCCUCUCCCGAGACUCAACAGCCCGAGCUUCUGCAAAAGUGCCUAAAAGCAGUUCUGCCGGUUUGCAAUGGACAGGUUUCUGCUGGAGGUAUAUACUCUUCUGGCGUUGAGACAGCCCUGAAAAGAUACGUACGUCCAGGAGUAGAAAACAACCUCUACGCCCCUUUUAUAGAAGCCACCAAUAUUGCACUCGCUUGUCUUGAAGAUAUCAAGGUCGAUGGGAUGCGCGCUCCUGUCCCCGCUGUGGACAUGAUCUGUCAGCAGAACGAUAUGCCCAUGUACCAGAACCACCAGACUGUGAAAUCAGCUCGGAAGCCCGACCUCGUCUUUCUUCCUUUGAACAGCGCAUGCGCUCCCUUGGAGGAUGAGAAGGGCGGUAAGAAGGGAAAACAGAAGGACGACGGGAAGGACGACGAGAAGCGCAAGGCUCAUAUGGUCAAGAAUGCAAUGGCAAAGCCACCAGCGCCACUCCCCUGGAAAGAUGUUCUAGCAUGUAUCGAGUUCAAGAGAAAGACAGGCAGGAAGAAAUCGAUUAAACCGCCGCAAUCUUCGUAUAAAGUGAAUGACUAUGUUCCUACCAAGCCAGAAUAUCUGCCGGUGGAUCACCUUAAGACUGAAGAUCCGGCGCCAGGCCCUUCGCAUGCCCCAGCAACACAACCUGCGUCUGACACUGCAAUCGUAUCUUCCGGCCUUACUGCUGCACAGCCUUCCAAGGGUGGGUCCAGCUCCAAGCGCAAGGCCGCGGACACUUUGCAAUCUGCUCCGAAAAAAUCCAGAAUCGACCCCGACGAGCCAGAUGUGACCGUCCAGACGGGUAUGUACGCGGCCGAAAUGUUUGCGGCCAAUCUUGCCGUCAAUUAUCUGAUUAAUCUUAUCGUCAUCGACGAUGUAAUGUGGAUCUGGUAUUAUGAUCGUCAAGGGACCAUUCAAAGCUCGGGCAUCAACUUCAUCCAAGAUCUUCCGCGAUUCAUGGUGCUGUUGUAUGCUUUACAACGAUUCGAACUUGAGGAUUGGGGCCGAAGCAAGGAUUUCCUCCCAGUUCAAGUUGAGGGGAAGCGAUGCCAUGAAUUCAAAAUCAAGGACGUAGAACUUGGAGAGGUGGAUCUGCUGCUUCACACCAGCCACGACGAAAGCGUGACACACUACGGAUUGCAAGGACGAGCAACCAAUGUAGUCCCUGUCACUAGCGACGCGCUGGCCAAGAAAUACGAAAGCAUCCAGGAUGGGAUGGUGGCUAAGAUAUUUUGGGGAGAGGCAAAUCGCACUAGCGAGCCGGAAAUCCUGAAAAGAGUUGAGGAGAUCGCCAAGGCGCACGAUACCGUCAAAGACCAUAUUCCUGAGUUGCUCUGGCACCACACGAUCACGAAUCCUACGUCCGCCAUCCGAGAAGCACUAGGUGUUCCGGAACCCACCAUGGGCAGUGGCGUGCUCUACAUUCUCGCAUUCCGCAAGCUCCACCCCAUCACGAAGCUUCACGGCAAAGAGCUUUUCGACGUGUGGUAUCAAUGUAUCCUGUGCCACGUUAUGUUGUGGAAGCAAGGUGUAUUUCAUCGAGAUGUCAGCCCUUGCAACCUGAUGUGGUACUGGAAAGACGGGAAGCGGGUAGGCGUUUUAAAUGACUACGAUCUAUCCUCGUUGGCGGAUGACCCAGCUCCUCGGGGAAACGAGCGCACGGGCACGGUGCCGUUCAUGGCGCUCGAGCUUCUUUCCGCACAGGGCCAACGAGGCGAAGUCAAAUACCUAUAUCGUCAUGAUCUGGAGUCGUUUAUGUGGUGCUUCGCCUGGAUUUGCUUGCGUUACGAGAACGGAGCCCUUCUACCAGUGAAAUCGCGCCGGCUGGAUGAUUGGGCCACUUCUGGCGCAGUGACAUGUGGCAUGCUCAAGCUAUACUUUCUGAAUAAUCUCAAAGAAUACCGAUCCCCUCACAUAGAAUCACUUAUGUGGAAGUUCCUUGUGGAGUGCUUUGUGGUGCUUAAAAAGGAAGCCGACGCUCGAUACUAUCUUGGCCUUCAAUGGCUCUCAGAUGGAGACGAGCAGCCCAACUCUGAGGAAUCCGAAUCAGAUAUCGAUGGUUUUCUACAGGCAUUCAAAAGCACCACAAGCUGCUGGGCUGCGUUCAGCAAACCUUCGCAGUGAUUUUCCUUACGUGUCACUACACGGUUUUUUGGCUUCUGAUAGUACCUGUGUCAAUUCCCCGUCUGCGGUAGGUAAACCAAUCGAAUAGAUGAAUGAUGCUGACUCGUCAUUUUUUCUUGGGUGAAUUUCGUCCGAUUUUACGAAUUCUCACUCGUUCUCGCUGGAGUAUUUUAGCUUACAUAAAGUCUCGUGUUAGUAGAUAUCAUUUCCAACAAAAGAUCAGCACUGCAUGCACCUACGCUACCUCAGUUUUAUAUACAGAAUACUAAUAAUGGUCACCCUUGUACUUAGGUGUAUCUACUGUACUUGCUCACUCACACUGAAUACUAUUGGUUACC